GUAUUAUUGGCAUAUGGACAUACAAUGUACAUGCAUUAUCGGCCAAUUAAGGAAUCAUCAUACAAACACAAUACCUUCAAGAGUCCCAUGUCAGUUAAGUCACCUCAAAGAAGGAAUGAAGCCAAUAUGUCUGAUCACAGAUAGCCCCUAUAAUUCAAUAUUACCUUUUGACAUAAUGCACACCCUUAUUGAAAUCAACUGCAUAGUAACAAAAUGAUUUACACAACCAUAUUAUAAAGGAAUAUAAGCUGAAUUUACCUGUUUAAGAGGAAAACAGAGCUAAUUUGUACUGGUCUAAGUUGUCUGGCUCCCUGUUGAUAAAAGUAGGAGGGUCAGUAUGUUUCUAUGACAACUAGGUGUGUUAAUUUAAUGGUUGAAGUGUGUAUGUGUUGAAACAGCACACUUAGUGUGCUGUUUUAGUAAUUUAGCACACCUACAGGCAGAACAACACAGUGAAAUGUGUACCAAAUAACACACUCAUUUUUUGUGUGUACAUGUUCUUAUGUAGUAUAGAAAGUUUGAAGGAAACUCUGCUCAUGCUUGUAGCAAUUAAGAUACCAGAUGAGUACAUUGAUGGAUCUGUAUCACAUGAUCACAAUAGAUAGAAUUUUGAAGCACUCAUUGAGUUUACAAUAAAUUAUUUACAAUUAUGUCUGGAUUAAAUAUUAGAUGACUUUAAUUACAGAACACUUUCAAUUAAAGUUGCUUAAAAUAACAUUUGCAGUGCUAGCUAUGCAUACUGGAUAAUUGAAGAAUUAUUUCACUGAUGUUCAAAUAAAAUUAUUUCCCUAAUGUCCAAAUAAAUGUUAAUUGUGAUGAUGUCACAUAGCAUGACCUUGGGACUAAUUCUACUCUUCAUCUAGCAGGUUGCUGACCACAUCAAAGAUCUACUAGAGGAAAAAAAUGAAGCUGCUGGCUAUGUUGUGUUUUUCUUGUCUCUUAUAUUAUAUCAAUGCUGCUCAAGGACUGGAGCAAGAGUGUACUAGAUUCAUGAGUCAAUCACUGGUCAGAUACAGAACAAAGAAUCUAAGAAGCAGUGCAAUUGGAAGUCCCUUAACUGAGGCAGUCAGAGUCUUGCAUGAGUACCAGUUCAAUUGUUCAUCUACUAUAACCAGUCUUAUAAUGGGGAUUGAUGUAAGAGCAGGUCUUAGACUUUUUCCAAGUGUUCAGGUCUUUCGAAAAAUUGGUGGCAGCAGUCAAUAUGACCUAGUGAUUGGAAGCGAGAGAGUUAUCUAUUAUGGGACUAGUAAUGUCAGUACCAGUGGAGUGUUUGAAUAUCCACUCAAUCCUCCUAUACCAGUAAUGAGUGGAGACCUGCUAGCUGUAUCACAACCAUCUCCAGCCUUUAGCAUAGUUAGAGUACAUUACAUUGAUAAUGUUCAAGGAGUCAGAUUCAGUAGCAGCCAAUAUGCAUUUGGCACUAGAAGUGGUGUCAACUUAAACAACCCUUUAAUCACCAAUCAGUUGAUCUUAAUAUAUCCAGUAACAGAUGGAUACUGUGUUAACAGCAUCAAUUCAAUCACUCCUUCAAUUGUUAGAGAAUAUGGUUUUAAAGUACAGCAAUCACAAAUGUUUUCCAGUAGACGGCAGUAUUUAUAUCCUGACAUGCUCUUCUCUUGCAAUGGAUCAGUUACUAAAUGGAUUUUUGGA